AUCCAGCUACAAUUGCAGCAGCAAUUGCAGCAGCAAUUGCAGCAGCAAGCUGAGCAACAGCAGAUGCAAUGGCAGAUGCAGCAGCAAUUCCAGCAGCAGGAAGCUGAGCAACAGCAGAUGCAGCAGCAAUUCCAGCAGCAGGAAGCUGAGCAACUGCAAACGCAGCAGCAACUCCAGCAGCAAUUCCAGCAGCAGGAAGAGCAAAGAGUCUGUGAGCAGGAGGAGCAUCUUGAAGAGGCACUACGUGAAUAUAAUGAUCCGGUGUCUCAAGAAAACCAUAAUGAAGACGAGGGAAGAAGAAGAACUCAGGAGCGCCAACACCGCCAGCAGCGCGAGGAAGAGGACGAAGAAAAUAUCAUCCAGGUGGUUCCAAUCCCUGAUGGAGGUCGACUGUAUAAUGAACCUAUCGAAAUUCAUACUCUUGGUCCUCUUAAUGUAGAGUGUCCCAACUGCUGUGCAAUGCACUUUGAAUGCGAAAGACUCUCCAAAUCCUCCAAGCGAAACCCACGCUUUGGUAUGUGCUGCUUGCAGGGCCAGGUCAACCUUCGCCCCUUUCCAGCAUGGCCACGCGAGCUGCAGCAGGCAUAUACAAACCGAACCUUUGUCGCCAAGAUUCGGCAGUACAACAGUGCUCUUGCAUUAACAUCGGUUGGUGUCAAUAUCGAGCAUCAAGCUUUUCAAGGAUCUGGCCCAAAUGCUUUUCGUAUCCAUGGAUCUCUCCAUCACCUCAUGGGCAGUCUUAUACCUCCGGAAGGCCAGCAGCCUUCAUAUGCCCAACUCUACAUCUAUGAUCCUGAACAAGCCACAGAAAUCCGCGCCACCCGCCCUGGAAAUGAAGUCCUUGAUCGUGACACCCUCAGACAGCUCCAUGAUAUGCUGUAUCGAAGCCAUCCCUAUGCUCAUCUCUAUAAGCAGGCCUAUCAGGUCAUGCGAGAGAAGCCUCCAGAGCAGCAGACAGAUAUCCGUGCACGCAUUCAUUUCCAACAGGGAACAGAUGGUCGAAGAUAUAAUCUCCCUACUGCCAAUGAAAUUGCUGUGAUCAUUCCUGGAGAUGGAUCUGAGGAGGUGUCCGACAAACGUGAUAUUGUCUUGCGACUUCAAGGUGGUCAACUUCAGCACAUCAGUCAGCUCAGCCACACAUACUCAACUCUUCACUACGUUCUUCUCUUUCCUUCUGGCGAGGAGGGCUGGCAUCUUGACAUCCCUCUCAAUGUCAAUGAGGGCGGACAUCAACGAGCAAAAAAAGUCACUCAGUUGCUAUAUUAUGCCUAUGGCCUUCAUCCU